AUUAUAUAGAAGGAGUCAGUCGGUACAUUUGGAUGCCUGACGGUGAAGACAUACCCCACCUCGUGGAUUUGCAAGAGGAACCCGAUGUGGAGCUUUUAACGGCUAGAGACAGCAAUCACAAUCAAUACUGGCUUUAUACCAGAUCUAACCCUGAUACUGCACAAAUAAUAACAUACGAAGAGAAAGAGUCAAUAACAAAUUCAAGUUACAAUGGUAAAAAGCCUAUAAAAGUUAUAGUACACGGUUGGAAUAAUGAUGGUAAUGCUAAUGUAAAUAGAAUGGUAAAAACCGCCAUACUAGAUACACUAGAUGCUAACGUUAUCGUGGUGGACUGGAAACGAUUAGCCAGUUCUAAUUACGUAUCCGCGUCUAAUGGUAUCCCAGCUGUGGGCGAUCAUCUUGGUCACUUUCUGACAUGGCUGAUUGAUACCGCGGGUGGAGACUGGAACGAGGUACAUCUGAUCGGUUUCAGUUUAGGUGCCCACGCUGUUGGUAUAGCCGGUCGUACCACUAAAAGAAAACCGGCAAGAGUAACAGCACUAGACCCCGCAGGUCCUCUAUGGGUGGGCAAUCCACAUGCAUUAAACACCAGUUCUGCACAUUACGUGGAAGCUAUUCACACGGACGGUGGUUUCCUGGGCAUGUCCGAGGCGUUGGCUCAUGCUGACUUCUUCCCAAACAGCGGCAAGCAUCCGCAGCCGGGAUGUUGGAUCAGCACGUGCUCGCACAGUCGCUCCUACAGACUCUUCGCCUCCAGUAUAUACACAGACCAUUUCGUAGCGAAACGCUGCAAUGAUACAACUGAAGCGCAUAACAACCAAUGCAAUGGUAGCGAAUUUAAUAUGGGCAACUGCGAUAUAAACAAACGAGGAUCUGGUAUUUACGGCUUAAGUACAGAACGAAAAUGGCCCUUCUGA